UUUGAAUACUGCUGGACUACCUUUUGAAGCAGAUCCAAAGCAAUCUCGAAGUCUAACCAUAUCAUCAUGGAGCAUAACUCAGCAGAAACUGUGGUCCCUGACAGCAGAGAUGAAAUCUUUGUGGUUGGUGGUGGUGAGGUGUUUGAAGUGGGGAACAGGCACCUUAAUGAAAAUGUUUCACAGUAUGUGCAACAAAACAAAGAGACCACCAACACACAGCUAUUCUCGUUUUUGGCACUGCUGAAUGCGUACAUUCCUGAUGCCUACCUCCUGAUGUCUGAGUGUCAGAAGAUCCUUGGACCACCCGAUCCAAUCCAUGGAGGUCCACCCUUUGAGGAGAGAAUGGAGCCUUUUACAGUUUUAAUCAACAUAUCCAGUACAAGCCCUGAACGUGUAUGUAUGAUUCACCCAGUGCUUGCAGAGAAAGCUGUGGAACUACUAGCUGACUUAGGGAUUUCCAGAAGUGCUACCAUGAAGAAAUUUAUUUUCUCAUUUUGUGAAAGUCAACUCCAACCACAUAUACUCCAGUUCAUCAAAGAUUUGCUGACAAAGAGAGAACUGGAAGAAAAGGGUAAAAAGAAGUUCUCAGGAUUGAUUGAGGAUAUAGAGAAAGAGAAAUUUCACAACGCUGUGUCUGUCUUGAAAAUGGCAUCAAGUAAAUUGAGACAGAACCCCAUUUUCCCCCAAACCAUUUCCCGUCUCUAUUACAUCAGAGGAGGCCCCAAUAAGUAUAGAAAAGCUGAAGAAUGGGCGAUCACAGCCAUUGAAAGAGCUCCGAACAACUCUUAUGUGGCUGACACUCUUGGGCAGGUUUAUAAGAACCGUUUGAUGAGGGAAGCCAGACGAAGGGAGGAUGUCUUAAACAUGGCAGAAAAGGCCUUCAGAGCCUUUAAGGAUGUAGAGACAAAAGCUGACAGAGAAGAGGGCCCUGAAAUGACGGACACAGCUGGUGUUGUCAGCAUUUCAAUUUCUUACAACAACAGAGGUCGAUUUGGCUUCAUUCAAGUGGCAAAGAUAACCUUUGAGAAAUGCAACAAGGCAGGCAUUUAUGCUACACAGGCACAGCGUUUCAUCCAAAGCAAAAGAAUGGAAGUCGAAGCCAAGUUUGACUUUUUUGAGUGGUACCUAAACUACUCCAAGCCUGACAUGACAACCUUAGAGCCACCUUACUUCUGGAAGGAUGUUGUACUUUGUUACGAACUGUACACAACAAAAACAGCUUCUGGAUCUACCAGCUUUCCAGGCCUCCUAGAUCGUCUGAAUCGUGGCCUUUUCACAUCAAAAGGAAGACGGGCUAGGUUUGAGGAGUUCAAGGAAACAGUGUCUGAUUUAGAGGCAGUCCGAGAUGAUUUGAAAACCACCUAUGAGGCAAAUGUGGAUGAUAUCAAAGCCGCCGAGAGGUACAUCCUCUCCAACGUCAUCUUGUGCAACAAGAUGCAUAACUCUACUCAGCUCACCCCGGUGAAUAAACUCAAAGCAGUAAUUCACAGAUUCUUGGACACAGAAGUGGGGCGUAGAAGCCCUGAGUUUUACCUUUUGGCUCUGCUGUUGUUUUGGCCUGAGGGAGAGCCUCAGGUGGGGCAAGAAGACAAUGAUGAUGAAGAGGAGGAACAACAGGCCACAGAGGAUGAUGGAUCAGAAGACAAAACCUGGGAGGAUGAGGACAGCAAUGAGGAACAAGAGACAAGAGAGGAGCCUGAACAACUACCUCUUGACCUCAUGUUUGACCCUGACCUGCAACAGUAUGUCACAUUCAUGGAGAAAGCAUUUGAGAGAGCUGAGUACGCUAAGUACCUCCGAGGCCGGUACCUUUUGCCUCUGUUUUUUCUGGGGAAGGGUUCUGGACUGAGCAAAUGGAUUCACAAAUCAAGGUUGGAUGAAAUAGUGGAAGCCCAGGUGGAUGCUGAGCUAGCGGAUAAUCAAGAUCAAAGAACUGCGAAGAAAUGGAAGCGGAUCAAUGAAAUGUGGAUCAAAGGGGAUGUGUGGCGAGUCCCAGAAAUCCAAGACAUGCUUCUCCCAGUCCAGGUAGAGCAAUGCGAACCUUCCUUAAUAAGGCCACAUGGUUAUGAAGCAAAGGAAGUGUUUGUUUGUGCUGGAGGGAAGAAAAUAGUGGCAAAGGUUGAACCUGAUGCUCUAGUGCUCAGCCCAAUGGUUUUCUAUCUUGGCUUCACCAUUCAGGGUCCUGUCGUCUUCAAAGUGGGAUAUCCUCAAGUGUCUGGGCAGUGAUUGACAAUGAACUCUUUGGAACUGAACCAAAAUGAAUGUCAUUGGUUCAAAAGUGGUGGACUGACCGACAGACCAGCAUUGUCAUCUGCCAAUCAGCUAGUGUUCCUAAAAAUGCCUUUGGGACAGAGAGAUAUGUACAUGAAAUCAUGAAAAAAUAAUAUCUGCAAGUUAUUUUAUACAUACAUACAUACAUACAUACAUACAUACAUACAUACAAGAAGCUGUAGUGGAUGGUAGUGGGGAUCUUUUUAAGUCCACGUCCCACAAGUUGUGUUCAUUUAACCAUUCAGCAUUAUCAGUUGUUGUGGGUGGUGGAUGGGUGUAUCAAUCAUUUUCUCUCAAAAUCAGAUUUACAUUUUCUUUUUAUUUUUUUUUAAACUUUUUAUUUAACAAUAAUCGACCAUCCUGUAACAGUAUCUUUGAUCAGGUGGUCUCCAUUUUUAAGAAUCCUUGUAUUAUCAUUUGGUUUUAAGAAAGAUAAAUCUGUAUGCAAGAUGUGUAUUAAGUUCCUUACUUUGAUGUUUUAGUGUAAUAAUGUUGGUGGGAAAAGUCUUUCUUUCAUUUUGAUAUAUUAUGUAUCUGUAUUUUAAUAAAUGAAGUUUUAAAGGAACAUGAAAAUGCCACUUGAAAUGAUAAAUGCAUGUUGUUUUGGCAACAAAAAAAAAAAAAAAAAAAAAACUUGCAGUGUGAUUUGCCUUUUAUGUGAGUUUUUGAAGAGGUUGACUACAGCUGAAGUGCACUGACUGUUGAGUAGUAAUGACCAACGUAUUUUUAAGGUGUUGAAAUAUUUUGAACUUGACAUAAUCAUAGGAUUUAUUUGGAUUUGGGCACAAUAAUAUACAUAAUGUGUAUUAUAUAAUAGUAAUAUCAUACAAAACCUUUACCAGGUGCAACAUCGACAACACCUAGACAUUAAUCUAGCGCAUAAUAAGACAUUUAAUUUUUGGUAGGAGAAGUAUAUUUUACAACCAAUACUUUCGUACUUUAACUUCAGUAGGUUUUUGAAUGUGGGACGUAAUUUGUAAUGGAGUAGUUGUACUUCAUAGUAAGUAAAAUAUCUGAGUACUUCUUCCACUACUUCCUCACAGAUCUAUGUUGUGACCCUUUAUAGGUGGUCGACUCCU